GACAGGAGUUGUAAAAAAGAGAGAGGCUGAACCCGGUUCGAAAGUAGGGGGAAAAACAUCUACAUUUGUUUUUCCUUUUUUUCCCAGUCGCGCUACGUCGGAUGCGCUCCAGUCCAGCCAGAGUGCGCGCACGCAGCUCUCGUGGGGACCGAGAGAAAGAGAGAGAGACGUGUGAUUUCUCUUUGUACUGAAUGAAGAGUUGAGGCCGGCUCCGCUACUGCUGCUGUCUCUUUUUAUAUAAGCAGAGUUUGCAUGCUGUAAAUAGCCCAAUAAGCCGGUUACACUUUACGUUUCGCCAUAUCCAUCGCUCACUAGUCUUGUGGAGGCGAUUUGACCACUGCCAAUGUCCCUUUGACCGGUUUUGGACAACAAAAGCAUCAGGUCCAGCGUUGUUCUUCGGGGGAUUUCAAGUCACACAUUUAUCAGUCAGGAUUUUUUUUUCCAGUGCAGGGAAGCGAACCUCCUGCACGUCCGCACACCUCUUCGGCUCCUUUUUCGUCGCCCCUUUCACACUUCCACACCUCCUGGGGGGGUUGGCAUUAUUUUUUCCCCCAUAGCGAGCGACCAUGGCUGCUGUAACAAGCCCGGAGACGAGCCCUCAACCCCGGGUAUACUUCCAGACGCCGGCCGGCACCACGGAGGAACCGGAGAUACCCGUGAGGAAGCAGGGACGAGUUACCGUCAAAUACGACCGCAAGGAGCUGAGGAAGAGACUCAACCUGGAGGAGUGGAUUAUCGACCAGCUAACGGACCUCUACGACUGUGAGGAGGAGGCCAUUCCUGAGCUGGAGAUAGACGUGGAUGAACUGCUGGAUAUGCCCAGUGAUGUUGAGCGGGCAACCAGGGUCAAGGAGUUGCUGGUUGACUGUUUCAAACCUACUGAGGACUUCGUCUCAGAGCUGCUCAACAAGAUCCGAGGGAUGCAGAAGCUCUCCACGCCUCAGAAGAAAUGAUGGUGUCCAUCCUCCUCCUCCCUGAUGUCCUCCCUCCUCUUCCUCCUCCUCCUCUUCGGCCCUCACCUCUCAUCUUCCUGCCACUUCCCAUCCUUUUGUUUUAGUUUUUUUUCCAUCUGCUCCUUCCUCCUUUGGGCCCUCUGCUCUUUCCUUUACACCCCUCUAUUUUCAUCUCUUGUUGCCUGGAUACAGCCCCAUAAAUCUUCCUUUCUUAAACUACUAGGAAAGAGAAGAAGUUUUAAAAAAUACGUUAUUACCGGGUGAAAUCAACAACAUGCGAUACAUCUCAAACCAGGCACACACUCUCCUUCCAUCUCUGCCUCUCCUUCACCCUUUGUUUGGUUUCACUCCUCUUCCUCAUCCAGCUCUUCUUCCUCCCACCCUCCUCGCACCAACCCUCCAUCUGUCUCUGCCCUCCAACAUGAAGGAGAAGGAGAGGAGAGGAGAGGAGUGGAGCUGAAAUCAGUCCCGUAAUUACUGAGAGCAGAGAGGCCAAGAGUGGGAAGAGGAACAGGAGAACGAGCCUGCGACAGCCAAGAAAAAGAGCGGAGGGGUGAACGCUGAAAGAGGAGGAAGAAGCAGCCAAUCAGCUCGAAGCACUGUUUAGGUUUAUCAUUUAUAUGUAAGGGGUCUAAAGUUGUAAAUGAUCCAGCUACCAACCAUUGUUCUGUUGAUUUCUGGUUCUGUUUGAGGGCAUGGGGAUAUUCACUUGACUUUUUUUUAUUAUAAUUAUUAUAAUUAUUAUUAAGUAACUUUCAGAUUUUGGGGGGAUCUGUACCAUCUUUGCUAAUUCCCCCCCCAUUUAAUCAGAGGCAUUUGCUACAGUGGUGCAUUUAAAGGUUCUUUCGUGUGCGUGUGUGCAUCUGUUGAAAAAUCUGCACUAUGUCAUUUUGGGAAGAAAGUCUGAACCUCUGACCACAAAGAAUAAUGUAUGUUAUAUCUUUAGUGCAGCAGAACUGUCUCCAAGCGGAAAAUCUGAUCCCUGGAAAUGGUGCUUGAACCUAAAAAAAGAGUCACUGGUUGGCUGUGGUGGUCGUACGCUCCAACUCAUUUUAGACAGAAAACACUGAUCUUCCUUUGAGUAGAAGUAGAUCCUCUUAGGUCGGAUGAUGUGCUUGAAAAUAAGUUUUUUUUUUCUCCUUCUACUCAGAUGUGUAGUGCAGUGGUUAAGAGAGGCUCUGUAGAAGCCACUGCUGUCCGGCCUGCACAUACAUGUGUACGUCUGUGUGUUGCUAAAUGCUACGUGUGUGUGUUGCUACAUAAUGUACAGCAACAUUCAUAAUAGGAGUGUUUCUUAUGGCCUGUAUAUUCUGCUGUUCUGUACGAGAAAGAAGAUUUUUAGUAUAGGACUGGUUCCUGUUGUUUAGGGUUGAUUUUUUUCUGUUGUUUUUUUCCUGGAUGCGUUUUGUCACACACUCUCUUGACAGUCCGACAGGGGGACCCAAAACAAAGCUGCCUUGUUUGUGUUUUUUUUUUUUUUUUUUUUUUAAAUCAUCCCCCUCUCUUUGUCUCUUUCUCACUGUUAUUCUUUUAUUGAGUCCAGCACAUUCUUUUGUGUUUGGCAGAGGUCAGUUCAGAGUGGUCACAUGUACAUGGAAACUCUGAAAAUCUCUUUGGAGCUCCGUGUUGGUGUGGAGACUAUGAAGCGUCCUCUGCCCGUCACGUCAGUAAACCCACCAAUGAGAUGGCUGAGUGGGCGGGAUAGAAGGAGGGAGGCCACUGUUUCAAACUGAAGCUGAUGAAAUGCAUUCAUCCUUCUUUUCUCUCCUUUCUUUCUUUCUUUCUUUCUCUCACUCUCACACACAGAAGCCACCCCUCGGGGCGGAGGAAACGGAAACAUGUUAGCAAACACAGCUGCCUCUCACACAAACGUGCACAUAUCACACACACACACACACACACACACACCCCCACGCACACACACACACACACACACACACACAUAUCAGACGCUGACAGAAAGAGAGAGGGGGACAGGUCCAUAGCUGUCACAAGAUGUGUGUGUUUCCCCGCUACAGCUGCCAAUCAUCUCCAAGAAUAAGUCAUCUGUUCCUUAUCCUGAGCCAAUCAGAUCAGAGACCAGAGCCCAUCAGCCUAUAGGAGAAGCCGUAACGUUUGCUGUGAUUCCUGUGACCAAUUGUGAACACCUGCGGUGACAGCAGAGCGUCACCGUCUGUCUCCCUCUUUCUGUCUCCACACCAACAGACACACACACACACACACACCCAAACUGGCCCAUUUUUAUCGUGCUGCUCUGUCAGUUCUCCCUGGCAUCCCCCUCUCUCCUCCUCCUCCUCCCAUCCAUUUCCAUCCUUCUGUCCCUCCACUCUUCCUCCAUCCUUUCUUCAGUUUUUCCUUUUUUAAAAACAGAUGUUGCCUUAGGUAUUAUUUAUGUUACACAAACCAAAUAAAGACAUUCAUUUUUAAAAAGGUAACGCAGACUGUUUAAAAACAUGCGUUACUGAGCAGAACUGCGGCAUGUGAUCUGUCGCUCCUUUUUUUUCUUUUUUUUUUUUCUUUGGAAAACAAUGAGAUUCUGUUGUUUUGGGGUUUUGUUUUUUAGAAGUGAGUGUUUAAUACUUAGGCCUUGAUACAGUGAUUUUGUUUAGAUAAACAAUGUUCUUUACAUUUACCAUUUGAAUACUGGUCUGUUUUUAUUGUGAUCAUGACACUUCUUGAUGCCAGGCCUUGGAUUAACAUGUAGUCGAACAAAAAAUCCAUUCAGAUACAUUUUGAUGCGAUUGCUUUUGCCUUCCUUGUGGGGUUUCCAGAUCAGCUGUCUGCGUUGUUUUGGAAACAUUUUGAUUGGUUGGAUUGUACCAGGCAAACUCAAUCAGUAGCUGAAUUUGAGUGGAUUUUCAUUUCUAAAUCCAGGUUUGGAUUAUACCUUAUUAGACUGUUAUUGAGAAGUCUGUUUUUUUACUGUUGGGGAAAAUUGCAAAAAAAUAUAUAUACUGAUUAUUCUCAUUGAGGCUAAAUACAAGAGCUAAACAUGCGGAUUGGAGGAGUGGUGGUGUUUUUUGGACAAUGAUUAGAUCAAACCAACAAACAAAUGUAGCAAUAUCAACAACAGGUCUUGUUUUUGCCCAAUUUUGUUACACUUUUAUGCAACUUUAAUAAAAACAUGUAAAAUGGA